AUGACCACAGAAACGUUGGCACAACCUGUCCAGACCCAGGUCCAGAAGCCAGUCACAGCGGAAUGUCCACUUCUGGAUCAACGGUUCGCAGAGCUCAAAGGAUCACUAGUGAAGCCCGAGCACAAGCAGAAGGUGACUGAAUCCUACCAUCGCGUUUGUGACGUCCUCAAAAAUGAGGCCGCGUUCAUCGAAAAGACUGGCCCCAAGAUAAUUCCAGAAAUCGACUUCAACGAUGUUUUGGCUAAUGGUUCGUCGACCUACCCCGAAGCUUCCUUGUCUGAAUCGAGUAUCAUUGACAUGCUGACCGAGAUUACUCGCAAUUUAGGUGGGAAGCUGCCCCAAUCGUUCACUGAUCUUGUUCGCGAGCGGGGUUGCCUCAUCCUACGCAAUGUUGUGCCAGCGGAGCAGGCCACUUCCUGGGAAACAGAGCUCACCGAGUAUACCAAGGCUCACAAGAGUGUCGGGGGCUUCCCUAGGGACAAUCCGCAAAAUUGGUCCUUGUGGUGGACAAGGCCGCAGGUUCAGAUACGUAGCCACCCGCGCGUUCUCGCGGCAAUGUCCUGCGUCUCUCACCUUUGGCACGUUUCGAACAAGGACCUGCCCAUUGAUAUGGAUUCUCAAGUGGUCUACCCUGACCGUUUUCGCAUCCGCUAUCCUAGCAAAGAGGCUGCCUAUACGCUUCCAGCGCAUCUGGACAGCGGAGCCAUCGAGCGCUGGGAGGAUGAGGAAAACCGUGCCAACUUUAGAGAAAUUUUUGAGGGCAAUUGGCAAGACUGGGACGGUUGGUCGGCAGAUCACCGUAUUGAAGCCAAGAGCGACUUAUACGGCGUAGAGCCUGGUUGCUCCUGCUGGAGAAGCCUGCAGGGGUGGCUCUCAAUGUCGCAUACAUCUACCGGCGAAGGCACCAUACGUCUUCUGCCAAGCCUCAAGGCCUCUGUCGCAUACUGCAUGCUGCGGCCCUUGUUCCAUCAAGGGGAGGAGUUCGACGACUCUCAGCCAACCUUCCCUGGUGCCAAGCCUGGAAACACGCAGUUCCGGCCGAGUCGUGAGCAUCACCCGCACCUUGAGCUGGACAAAAGCAUGGUUGGGAUCCCGCCGGUCAAGCCCGGCGAUUACGUCUUCUGGCAUUGUGAUCUAGUGCAUGAGGUUGAUCGCUUCCACUCUGGCAACCGCAAUUCGAGCGUCUCGUACAACGCCUGCAACCCGUUGACACCUUACAACAUUGAGUCCCUGGUCCAUGUGCGCGAGGCUUUCCGACAGGCGGUGCCCCCGAAGGACUUUGCCUCAUCACCUUCGAUUACGGAACGUGAAUGCGAACAUGAGGACCAUGGCGCCAAAGAGGAGAAUAUUCUCAGCGCCCAGGGUAAGCAGGCGCUUGGCUUAUCUCCAUUUGACGCCGAAGAGCCGGGCUUGACGGAAGGCCAACGCCAUGUGCGGAUGUUGGCGAACAGGCGAUUGGGUUUGGCUUAA